AACGCCCAGCGAAAGCAGAGUCAACUGCUUCCAUACCAAAAAAAUAGUAAAAGGAAUAUACAUUAAUAAGGAACCAUGUCAUACUACGAGGACGAGCGCCGCCAUCACCACCACCACCAUAAUGGUGGACGUCCCAUUGUGGAGGUGGAUAUUGUGCCACCACGUUUUCCGAGGCCCGUUGUUGAGAUUGAUGUCGGCUCGCGCUAUCCCUCCUACCAACCGGAAAUGGUAGAGGUGAUCACACCAGCGGGUGUCUACCAGCCACCGCCACCACCACGCCCCAUUGUCGAGGUGGAUGUGAUGCGACCCAGUCGACCACUAAUCGAGUUCAACAUUGGCGGACGUCGUCCACCCCGCGAGGAAGUUGUCAUUGUGGAGCAGCAGCGGCCCAUGUGGUAACAACUGGGCGUGGCAAUUAAUUGGAAAACCAUUUGAAAAGCUCCUUGAAUAAGUUAAAAAUAAAACAAACCAAAAAUAGUAUUUAUUUUUAAUUGAAAUUUUAUUAUCGAGUGGUCUAAAAAGACAAAAAAAAUGUAAAUAUUUAUUUGUUAUUUGUCAUUUGUAUAUGAAAUUAAAAUCUUUUGUAAUAGUUGCCAACUA